AUGUCUCCUGCCGCCAUCAGAAUCAAUCUUCGGUCGAUGUCCCUGUUCUCAGGAUUGAUUGCAGCCACGAGGAAAAUGGAUUCGAACCCUAUAGCACCAAGGCGCUAUGUGCCUUUGAAUCCUGAAGGACCCUUUCCUUAUUCCCAGGAAGACCUCACCCCUAUGGAGGCAGGGAAUGAUUCCAACUUUUAUGCUGCUCCGCGCUUUGUAACCCAUAUCGACGGAAAUGCCAUCAACAAUGUGCGCAGCUAUUAUGCGCAGGUCCUACCUCGCAAAGGACGCAUAUUGGACUUUUGUUCCAGUUGGAUCUCCCAUUAUCCGGCUGAGGUCACCCAAGCAGCAUCGUCAGGAGAACUCGAGGUGCUAGGGACAGGCAUGAACCGUGCUGAGCUGAGCAAAAACCCCGUCUUGACACAUUGGACUGUGCAAGAUCUCAACGAGGAUCCACAGGUACACCUACCUGGGCCAACCGAGGGAAAGCUGGACGCCUCGACAUGUGUAGUGUCCAUCGACUACCUCACAAAGCCAGUUGAUGUUCUGGGCAGUAUUCGACAACAGACCCAGCGGGGAGGCACGGUGCAUCUGGUCAUUUCCAAUCGGUGCUUUCCCACCAAAGUGGUUGGAAGGUGGCUGAAGAUCGGCGAGGACGAGAGGCUAAAUAUGGUUGGGGACUAUCUGUGGUGGAGCGGAUGGCGCAAUAUUGAGAUUCAGACGCUGGUGGAAGGAUCGUUCAUGACAGAUCCGUUGUGGGUGGUGAGAGGUGAGAACAUUGAGGGCGCUGACUGA